AUGGAUUAAUAAUUAAGAAAAAAGUUAAAGAAGCAAUAGGUCUAGAAGAUUUAAUUUCAUUAAUUAAAUGAAUUUGCUGGGUUUUAGGUUGCAAAAGACAUCUAUCCAUCAGAUUCAGAACCUUAUAGGAGAAAACCUUAAUAAUUGACAUAAUAGCAAGUAUAACAUCGACAACAAUUAUACAUGAAAUCCAAAUUUUAAUUCGUCUUACUUGAACAACCUAUCAGUAAAAAGAGACAUUCUAUAUUAUCAAAGAAGAAGUUAGGUGGGAUGAUGUGUAUUAAGUAAUUUACACGACAACUUAAGAUAUUACUUGUCCUAUUUGUAUAAGUGAUCAUGACAUUAUAAUACCUUAUAUUACACCAUGCGGUCAUAUUUAUUGUCUUCCAUGUUAUCAAAGACAUAAACUUUAAUGUAAAUAAUAAUUCUUUAAUAAUAUAGCAAAAUUUAAUUAAAAAUGCCCUCUUUGUGGUGAAUUGGCAGUAAUGACUGAAUUGAAAUCUGUUAAAAUUAUCAAGCACAAAAUUAAAAAUCCUGGAGAUUCUGUACUUUUAAAUCAAAUUAAAAGAUAUAAAAAUGACACAGAAUUGUAUAUUGAUGGUAAAGAAUCAGAAGUUUAUGCAAGAACUCUAAUCGCAAAUGAAUCCUAUAUAUUGAACAUUUUUUAAGAAGAAAUUUUAUAGCUUCAAAAGUAAAUGACAUUCACUAUUUCAGUUAUUUAGAAUUAUGUGAAACUGAAAUUUAAGAGCCAACUUAACAAUCUAUUUAAUUUCUCUUAGAAAGAUAAGAUAAGUUACCAAAAAAGAACCUAAAUCUUUAACCUGAAAUCGUACUUAAAUCAUUCCCUCAAAAAUAAAAUGAAGUUAUUUAUAGAUUUUUUUAAGACUCAAAUGGUCUUCUAGGCUUUUUACAUCCUAUAUGUAAUAAAUAUAUUACUCUUUAAUAUGGAAAUGAUCAUCUUCCCUAAAAAAUUGGAUCAUUCUUAAUAUAAAAAGAUUAAUUUACUUAGAAUGCUCAAAUAUAAGCUAAAUAUAAGUAUAUUAUAUUUAUUAUCUAAGAUUUCUUUCUCAUAUCCCAUUGCAUACUGAAAUCUAUUUUUAUGAAAUUGAUUUAAAAGCUAUCUUAAAUCAAGAAAAUCUUAAGGAUUAUUAAAGAGAAGUAUAUAAUAAACAAAAUUUUAGAUAUAAGAAUUUAGAGAAAAGUAGAGAAAAGAGAGAUUAAGAUAAGAGGAAAAAUAUAAUUAAAUAUAAGCUUAAUAAAUUUAAAAAUAAUAUUCAAUUGAAAAUGGAGGUGAGUAUUAUUAUGAAAACUUGUAAGUUGAUGAAUUUUAAUUUGUUGAAUAAGAUUUUCCAGAAUUGCCAAGUGUUAAAAAUAUAAGCUAAUAAUAAAAUGAUAUAGAAGAUAAAAGAGAAAUAGAUUAAUAAUAAUAACAAUAAUAAUAACAAUAAUAAUAAUAAUAAUAAUAAUAAUAAUAAUAAUAAUAAUAAUAAUAAUAAUAAUAAUAAUAAUAAUAUAAAGAAAUUAAUCUAGAUUUAGAAUCUUAAUUUCCAAGUUUAAAUGAAGAAUGUUCUUAAAUAAAAGUUAAUCCAUUUUCAAAAACUUGGGGUUAAUAAUAAUAAAAAGUAGAAUAAAAAGUUGAAACCGAGCAAUUGAUUAAGAAAGAAGCUACAAAUCAAGUAAAAUUAAGUGAUUUAGAUUUUCCUGUCAUUGUUAAACAAAAAAAUAAAAAAAAGAAACAAAAUUAGAAAGAGUGA